AUGGACGGCGACGAUUAUAGCGACGACAACUUGUACGACGACGAGGAUUUGGAUUGGUGGGGUGGAUAUGCUGAAACUGUAGGGGGGCUCCGGUCCAUUGAGAACAGUGAGAAAGAGGAAGAGCAUGAGAUUUCUUUCAGUUUUGAUGGGGAAGAAGAGGAUGAGGACGAGGAUCACACCGUAGUGACGGGCAAUGCAGUCAGGACAAGUAUCAACGUAGGACCACGGCAUCAGGAGCACGAAUAUAUCACGAAGGGCGAGCCAGUGGAAACUGCCAUGGCCGAAAGAAAGGACUCACAAAACCGAGAACCCGGUCAGUUGGUGACGCCUGUGAUGCCUUCGAUACCUUCGAUACCUUCAGAUAAUGGGGAGACCAGCCUGCAACAACAAUCGCAUCACCCCCCUGAUAGCCACAGCAGGGAGGACCAAAGUGAAAGAGAAAAUAAAGAGGAAAUCAAGGCUAUGGAACGCAGCAGCAAGAGCCAAAGCUCAGAGCCAGGUGCAAUGCGAGUGGCACCUGAUGCUCAUGGUCGCAGAAAGUCCCUCCAGCGAAAAGAGGCCAAAAUAAGAGCGAAGGGACGCACCUCACCCGCUUCCAGCAAUUCCAGUUCCAACCAAUCCGCUCCAGGAGUUGUGGCGGUUUCCCCGCAUCCACCAAAAUCCCCACAGCACAAUAGAGCCAACCUCCAUCGAACUCUGGACCAAGCUCGCGCAAAGCAAGGCUUUGUGGGUGGGCGAAAUUCUCCUUCCAGUCACAAUCUGGACUUUUCCUCAUCGUCGCAUUUCUCCGGAGGGAUGCGUCACUCGCAAGGAUCGCAUUACUCCGGAGGGAUGCGCCACUCGCAGGGAUCACAGUUCUCGGGAGGGAGACGUCACUCGCAGGGAUCACAUUUCUCGGGAGGGAUGCGCCACUCGCAGGGAUCACAUUUCUCGGGAGGGAUUCGCCACUCGCAGGGAUCACGCGGUAGCACCGGAUUACGAAACUCGCAUGGCCUACGGCGGUCCCAAUCCGAGCAAGAAGCCAAGAGGCUUAUUGUUACCUUUGGACCUCUUCCCCUUACUGGCGGUGACCACCCAAACGACGAGACUUCGCCUCUUUAUAGGGAUGACGAACCAACCCGACCGACCUCGCAACGGCGUACCGUCACGGCAAGAAUGGCCAGUUCCAGCCUCGUUCAAGCGUCACUCGUGACGGAAGAAAUGGAACAUAUGGGGCUGAUGCGUGCAGAGGAGCUGGAUACCAACGACGUUGAACGGCAAGAGGAACGAGAAGCCAAACGGGAGCAAUGGGAAAAGUUUAGUCGAGCUCUCAUGAUCAUCACAUCCGUCUUUCUAGCGAUCGUGGUAGGAUUGGCAAUACUCCUUGUCCUUGUGAUCUUGGGAGCGAAUAACAACAAGCAGCCAGAGAUUAUUGCUCCGUCUCCUAUGAUUCCGGUGAGACGUCCACCCACCGUGGCGCCAUCAGCCACUAAACCUCCUGCGGAUGUACUCGAUGAGCUCUUACUGGACUUGCCAAACUAUACAACCUUUACAAUCUACAAUGAUUCCUCUUCUCCACAAUUCAGGGCCAAGAAGGGAUCCUAUGAACAAUAUGCAAAUCGAACACUUGAUGCAUAUGGCGUAGAUCCAUGCAAUGAGGAUGGAGAAUUCCAAGCCAUCAUUCUUGCCAGAUUGGGCCUUUCCGAUGACAAUCCAGUUAUCCCACCAGAAAUCAGUCUCUUGAGCAAUCUCAAGAUCCUAGCUCUUGCCAUUAAUGAGCUCAAUACAUCUCUGGCAGAUUUGCUGCCACCAGAAGUAUUUGAGAUGAAGAGUCUUUCUGCACUGAAUGUGAUGAAGAAUGAGUUACUCACUGGAACAAUACCCAGACAGCUUGGGACCAUGAACCUGACUAGGUUGGAGCUUGGAGAAACUGGACUGAGUGGUGAGAUUCCAAUGGAGAUUUUUGGGCUGACCAACCUGAAACGGUUGGCGCUGCACCAGGCAGCGUUCACAGGAAGUAUUGCCAGCGAAGUUGGAAGGCUGACACAUUUGGAAGAGCUGUACCUGCAUAAGAAUUUCUUCAGGAAUUCUAUUCCAACACAGAUUGGGCUGCUGACCGCACUGAAGAGGCUAGAUCUGUCCUCCAAUAGACUUACUGGGAAAAUUCCCACUGAACUUGGCCUGUUGACAAAUUUGGAGUAUCUGUACCUUCCAGGCAACAGUCUCGUCUUCGACUCUUUUCCUAGCGAGCUGUUCUUGCUCACUGCAUUGAAAGAUCUUGGUCUCUCUGGAAUACAGCUUGCUGGGACUCUCCCAUCAGAGAUUGGCCUUUUGACCAGCAUGACCAGGCUACAAAUUGUACGGACAUCCAUGAAUGGGACCAUCCCCACUGAGAUUGGAUUGCUCGGGAACUCUUUGACAGCACUGGAAAUUGUUGGGAAUUCCUUCAGUGGUGGGCUUCCCACAGAGCUUGGGAGACUCUCUCAGUUGAGGAGCUUCAGAGCAGAAAGCAACUCAUUGAGCCAAAGCAUCCCCAGUGAGAUAGGAUUGCUGUUGAACAUGGUAGCUUUGUUGCUACAGGACAAUCUGCUUGCAGGGUCUCUCCCCAGUGAGCUUUCCUCCCUUACCAGUAUGGGAGCUUUGGUUCUACACUCAAAUUCUUUAUCGGGGAGUGUCCCUACAGAGCUUGGAAUCUUGGCGUCUAAUGGAUCUUUGCAAGUAAUGACAAUACAUGACAAUCAAUUUUCUGGGGUGCUGCCAGUAGCAGGAGGGAUCUGCAAUUUGGAGCGGUUUGAACCGGAAAGGGGGCUGGGUUUGAGCUUUGACUGUUCUGCCGAUCUUUGCGGCUGCAACUGGUGUUCCUGUGGUCUUCACUGGAAUGGUGAAACUCUACAGAAUGACAUAGAAGAGCAAGAAAUGGAAGCAGGGCAAAACACAACAACAGGCAGUGGAGGCAAUGCAACAGCAAACACCAGUUUGUAUGCAUUGUAA